CGAUGACGGCAACGUGAUCUCUUACGUCUGUGUAGGGGGCUGUGUGUGUGUGUGUGUGUAGCGCGACCCUCCCCUUUAAAUGCGGAGUGUCCGGGCAGUGGAGGCAAAAAUUUAAAUGGCAAUAGAGCUUGUCAUCAGUCAGUGCACACUGUCUUCAGCUGAUAAAGUCUGAUACUCACAGCAGCCAACUCCAGCUGCUCUGGAAUAAAGUGAGCUGAAUGGAAGGGAAGAAGGAGGAAUGCUCCUGGGGAUGAGCUCCGCUCUGGGGAACUGCCGUCGGAUUCGCUGGAACUCUCUGACUGACUGAGCCAGUCGGCUGGACGGGCAGCGAUGGAGUGCCCGAUGCUCCGCGGCAACGCCAGCUCACUGUGUAACGGCAGCCAGCAGGUCCUCUGGGGGGAGCGACUGUCGGUGCCGUACACGCCUCGGAGCACCGCGGGUAUCGCCACGGUCAUCACCUUCAUCAUCGUCUUCACCAUCAUCGGGAACGUGCUGGUCAUCAUCGCCGUCCUGACCAGCAGGUUGCUGCAAGCCCCCCAGAACCUCUUCCUUGUCUCCCUGGCCGCCGCGGAUAUCUUGGUGGCUACCUUGGUGAUGCCCUUCUCUCUGGCCAACGAGCUGAUGGGCUACUGGUACUUCAAGAGGGUCUGGUGCGAAAUUUACCUGGCCUUGGACGUUCUGUUCUGCACCUCCUCCAUCGUGCACCUCUGCGCCAUAAGUUUGGACAGAUACUGGUCAGUGACCCAGGCCAUUCAGUACAACUCCAAGAGGACACCGAGGAGAAUCCGCUGCGUGAUCCUGACCGUCUGGCUCAUUGCUGCGGUAAUUUCCUUCCCCCCUCUCCUCUCCAUGAACAAGAAGCUGAGCGAAGAGGAGAUCCCCGUGUGCCGACUGAACGAGGAGAAAUGGUACAUCUUAUCUUCCUGCAUCGGCUCUUUCUUUGCCCCGUGCGUUAUCAUGAUUCUGGUGUACCUGAGGAUCUACCAGGUGGCCAAGCAGAGGGCGAGGCAGUCACCGGGCAGCAGGAAAGAGGAGCGGGUCAACCCCAACAGCUCCAAGAAGCCCGCCGAGCAAACCACGCCCCCCGCCCCCAAUGGCCGGGAGAAGGGCGCCCGGCCCAAGAGCAAGGAAGAUUCCUCAUCCUCGGAGCCCGAGGAGUGCUCAAACAAGGAGAAGCCCCGGAGAAGGACUGAGCCGCAGGAGAGCGGGCAGGGCGCGGAGAAUUGGAAUUUCCAAAGCCAGGAUCACUUCGUAAGGCGACAGGGUCUCUUAACGCCCAACGCUCUCAGGAAGAAAGCAAUCCAGAACCGGGAGAAAAGAUUUACCUUUGUCUUAUCCGUGGUCAUCGGCGCCUUCGUUUUCUGCUGGUUCCCUUUCUUCUUCUCCUACAGCCUGACGGCCAUCUGCCCGGAGACCUGCUCAAUCCCGCCCGUGGUCUUCAAGUUCUUCUUCUGGAUUGGAUAUUGCAAUAGUUCCCUGAACCCCGUCAUCUACACUAUCUUCAACCAGGACUUCAGGAGGGCGUUCAGGAAGAUCCUUUGUCGAGAACAGAGAAGGUCUCUCUACAGAGUCUAGGGAGCAGGGGUCAGAGUGCGGGUGGGGGGUGGGGGGAGGUGGGAUAGCCGCACGGCAAACCAAAGUAGAAACCAAAGUUUUCCAAAUAAACGAACGGCAUGUGACUAUACUGAUCUAUUAGCUGAUGUUCUUUUCAGACAAACGGGCUUUUGAGGGAAAGAGUAAAAUGCCACUUGGUCGAUAGCGGGAUUGCACCGUCCGCUCUGGCCGAAGAGCCGGACCCGAGGGUGAGUCCGGAGAGGACAGCCGCGCCGUGAUGGACGCGAGCUCGAAGCUCGCCGAGGAUACAGGGGAGUGAGUUUUGGCCCGGCUUCUCGCAGGCAGACCGAGUCUCCGUGAUAAAAUUACUGACCCUGACUUUUCAACACCUCCGUUGCUUCAAACGUAUUUUCUUUACCCUCUUCGGUGCAGGAGAGAUAUUAGGAAAAAUAGACUAAUAAGGUUAGAUAUUAGAAUCCUGAAUCAGGUUUAAUAUCUCUGGCGUAUGUCGUGAAAUGUGUUAAUUUUGUGGCGGUAGUGCAUUGGAAUAAAUAAUAAAAUCUAUAAAUUACAGUGAGAAAUACAUU